AAGCAUUAUGCUAAGUGCCCAAGUAAUUACUUUGGUUUGAGUGGUACAGGCGUGCCAAGGUCUUGUUGAUUUUGAGCGUUAAGGGCUUAACCAACAAAUCCCAAGACCUUGGCUAAACCUUGCCUAAAAAAAUAAAAAAAAUAAAAAAUAAAAAAGGCAAAAAGAGCCACGUCUUGAGAGCCAAGGUAAGAAAAAAAGAAAAGCACAAGGCAUGGGAAGAAUAAUGGUUGGAAGUGCAAAUAAGGUUGCUCUAAUCCUCUUGGCCACUUUCGCCAUUAUUCCAUGCCUUGAGGCUGGCAUUGGUGAGUUCGAUGAUUUUCUGAAAGCCCAAGCUGCAGAAGCAGAAAAACGCGCUCUAGAGUCCUACAUCCCAUCGCCUAUAGAUGUCACCGAUGAACUCAAUUUCCAUGUUCACUUGGCAUUGAAUAACGCGACACUGAAGAGGAGGGAACUAAGGCAGAGGAAGACAGGAGAUGAGGCAUGUGAGGCGACAAACCCAAUAGACACAUGCUGGAGGUGUGACCCUAACUGGGCGAACGACCGUUACAAGUUGGCGAAAUGCGGCAAAGGGUUCGGAAGACGGGCCGUGGGCGGGCUGGGCGGGCCCAUCUACGUGGUGACCGACGAGUCCGACGACGACAUGGAGAACCCUAAGCCCGGAACCCUCCGGUACGGCGUGACCCAACAGGGCCCACUGUGGAUCACGUUCCAGCGCAGCAUGAUCAUCACUCUCAAACAGGAGCUGAUGAUUUCCUCCGACAAGACCAUCGACGGCCGCGGCGCCAACGUUCAGAUAAAGGACGGCGCUGGCAUAACGAUGCAGUUCGUGAACAACGUCAUCGUCCACGGAAUCCGCAUCAAGAACGUUGUCCCGAAGGACGGUGGCAUGAUCAGAGACUCGUACAACCACGUCGGGUUCAGGACGAGGAGCGACGGCGACGCCAUCUCCAUCUUCGGAGCCUCCAACAUUUGGAUCGACCAUGUUUCCCUCUCUAACUGCGCCGAUGGCCUCAUCGACGUGAUCCAGGCUUCGACCGCCAUCACCAUCUCAAACUGCCACAUGACGAAACACAACGAUGUCAUGCUGUUCGGUGCGAAUGACAUGUACGACAAGGACAAGAUCAUGCAGAUAACAGUGGCGUUCAACCACUUCGGGCAGGGUUUGAUUCAGAGGAUGCCGAGGUGCAGGUGGGGGUUCGUGCACGUCCUCAACAACGACUACACUCACUGGAUGAUGUACGCCAUCGGAGGAAGCUCAGGGCCAACCAUUCUGAGCCAAGGAAACCGUUUCAUCGCUCCCAACAACGACGCCGCGAAGGUGAUCACGCACCGAGACUACGCCCAACCCGAUGUGUGGAAGAAUUGGCAGUGGCAAUCUGAAAUGGACCUCUUCAUGAACGGGGCCACCUUCAUCUCUUCAGGGUCACCGAUCAAGUUGACGUACAACAAGGGUCUCAUCAUGAAGCCCAGAGAUGGCACUCACGUUAGCAGGCUCACACGCCAUGCUGGUGCCCUAGAUUGCUUCGUUGGCAGGCCUUGUUAGAGAACCAACAUUUCGUUUUUGCUUUCUUAUUUUUAUUCAGAAGAUGUGUAGGAUAAUCCUCUAGGAUCCUUGACCCUUGACCGAUGCAUGAGCAUGAUGAAUUCAGUAUCGUCUAUUAGUUGGAGGAUAUAACCUACGUAGACCUCUUGUAUAUCUUCUGCAACACACACAAUAUUGUGCUCUUCCAAGACUGAGGACACAAAAAACCAAAGGUUUUGUUGUUGCUUGGGUUAAAAUCGCAAUAAAUUAACUUCCAUUUUUUUUUAUUA